AUGGCAAUGGGAAAGGGUUAUCGCAUUUUUCACAAGCUUCCUCCAGAUAAUGACACACUUUAUAGUGUGAUUAUGGAAAGCAAAUGCAAAGAAGAUAGUUUGAUGUUUGAAUCCGGCGCAGUUGUCGUUUUGUCAUCUGCUGAGAUGGACACUCUAAAGAAACAGUACACCAAAGUGUUGGAUGCCUAUGGUUGUCUUGGUGUACUACGGAUAAAUACAGGGCACCAUAACAUCAUGUACCUGGUGAUGGUGACGGGCUGCCUGUCGGUGGGUAAGAUCCUGGAGUCAGAGGUGUUCCGGAUCACAGCGGUGCAGCUCGUGUCUCUGCGGAACGAGCCUAGUGACGAGGAACACAUUGUGGAGGUGAGGAAGCUGCUCAGUUCGGGCACGUUCUACUUCUCGUGGUCGGCCAGCGGCGCCCCCUGGGACCUCAGUCUGUGUGCUCAGCGCAAACAGCAGGACUACGAGACGGACAACAGGUUCUUCUGGAACCGGAUGCUGCAUGUACAUUUUCAACGUUACGGCAUUGACUGUGGCCAGUGGCUGCUGAAGAUAAUGUGUGGCGGUGUGGAGAUCCGAACAAUCUAUGCCGCUCACCGACAGGCCAAGGCUUGCCUCAUCUCUCGUCUUAGCUGUGAGAGAGCUGGAACUCGCUUCAACGUCCGGGGAACUAAUGACGAUGGACACGUGGCUAAUUUCUGUGAGACGGAACAGGUAAUAUUUUUGGAGAACCACGUUUCAUCAUUCAUCCAGACGAGAGGAUCUGUCCCUCUAUUCUGGGAACAAACAGGAAUUCAGGUUGGGUCCCAUAAAAUCCACAUGUCUCGCGGCUAUGAGGCUUCGGCUCCGGCCUACGACAGACACUUACAGAUGUUGAAACAGCAAUACGGAGACCAGGUGGUCGUCAACCUGCUGGGGGCCAAGGAAGGAGAGAGGAUGCUCAGUCAAGCUUUUGAGAACCAUCACAAGGCCUCCAGUCACUCCCAGGAUAUUCCAUAUAUCCACUUCGACUAUCACUCUGAGAUUAGAGGCACGAAUCUGAAAAACCUUGAUAAGCUGAAAUCAAAGUUACUCAAAUACCUUCACAACUUUGACUUCAGCUACAUUGAGGAUGGAUCUCCCAAGAAGCAGCAAACUGGAACAAUCCGGACAAACUGUAUCGAUUGUUUAGAUCGCACAAACUCUGUACAAACCAUGCUAGGCCUGGAGAUUUUACCAAAGCAGAUUGAAAGUCUUGGUCUGGCUAACAAGCCCCAGAUGUUGACGCGGUUCAUUGAAGUAUACAAACAGAUCUGGGGAAUCAACGGUGACCACGUCAGCAGGAUAUAUGCAGGAACUGGUGCACUGGGCGGAGGAAGAUCCAGGGCUACAGAUGCAGCGAGAGCAGCAAACCGAGCGAUCCAGAACAACUUCUUGGACAACAGCAAACAGGGAGCUAUAGACAAGUUACUGCUGAGCAACUCUCUCAUUGGAGAACUUGCAGAUAAGGCCAGGGCUCUGACUACCAAGAGUUUACACGCUGCCCCAGGCAUUCUUCGUGGGAUGGUGAAGCGAUAUAAAGAAUACACAAGUACGACAUCUUUGAGGAUUGGUAUCGGCACGUGGAAUGUUAACAGUGGAAAACACUUCCGCAGUAUCGCGUACAAGGACAAAUCUAUGCAUGACUGGCUUCUUGAUGCUCACAAACAUGUUAAUCCCAGUGAUCUUGAUGACAGUGUUGACUAUGACAAACCUGCUGAUAUAUACGCUAUUGGAUUUGAAGAGAUUGUUGACUUGAAUGCCAGUAACAUUGUCAGCGCCAGUACCACGAAUGCCAGGGAGUGGCAGAAGGAGAUAGUAAAGACAUUGUGUCGGGAUCACAAGUAUGUUCUUCUCACUCACAUACAGCUGGUGGGCGUCGUCCUGUUUGUUUACAUCAGACCACAGCUGGCACCUUUUGUUAGGGACGUUGCCGUGGAGAAGGUGAAGACGGGUCUCGGAGGUGCCACGGGUAAUAAGGGUGGAGUUGCUAUCCGCUUUCUCGUCCACAGCACGUCCGUCUGUUUUGUAUGUGCUCACCUUGCUGCGGGCCAGUCACAGGUGAACGACAGAAAUGCAGACUACCACGAGAUUAACAAGAAAAUGGCUUUUCCAAUGGAUGUGUGUAUGGGUAGGGCUAUAUAUACCCACGACUACAUUUUCUGGUGUGGAGACUUCAACUACAGAAUUGACCUGGGAAAUGAGGAAGUCAAGGAACUUGUUCAGAACGAGAACUGGGGAGCUCUGCAGGAAUUUGAUCAGUUGAACAUACAACGCGCUGAGGCCAAGGCAUUUAGAAAUUUCCACGAAGGGAAGACGAACUUCCCACCGACGUACAAGUACGAUAUGUUCAGUGACGACUACGACACCAGCGAGAAGUGUCGCACACCCGCGUGGACGGAUCGCAUUCUGUGGCGGCGGCGCCACCUACUGCCACAAGAAGAGGAGGAAAAUAAUCCUGACUGGAACGAAGGCAAACUUCUUCUGUAUAACAGAGCUGAACUACGUACAUCUGAUCACAGACCUGUGGUUGGCUUGUUUGACAUAGAGGUGUUGACGGUGGAUGAAAAUGCAAAAGACGUGGUAUUCCAAGAUGUGAUAAGUCAGAUGGGUCCACCCAAUGGCACUGUGAUUGUCUCCCUUGCUGCUGGUGGCGAGCUGGAUGAUGAAACCGUUGACAGAGUUGUGGAACUCUUCAGUGAAGCUGGGGAUAUCACCAUUGUAAGGUUUGUUGAUACUGACAUGUGGAUUAUGUAUCAGAACGGAUCCAGUGCUCUACAAGCGCUCAUUCAUGAUCAACAAGAAGUGAAUGGAAACAAGAUCUCGGUGCGGUUACGAACGCAGGACUGGCAGUCUGCAAUUCAGAAGGAGCUGGAUCUGUAUGCCAUUAACACUACCCCCCUCUACCAGCCAUUCACCAACAGUCUUCUCGGGGAUGACUUCAGCAUACCUACCAUGGAGUUUGAUAUGGAAGAUCCUGAAGACUUUGAUUCAGCAAAUGACGGUUCGCUGCCCACACCAAUAAUUCCAUCACCUUGCUCUUCAGGGAGAAACAGCCCAGCAACUGUGUCAAGUGAAAUGUUUGAGGCCCCAGGAGGUCCACCCAGUGACCCCAGGCAGCCACUGGGUGGAACGGGAAGAACUGUCGAAGCAGCAUCUAGUCAGCUACAAGCUUCUGCUGAGGUACCGAAAAAACAGCCGCCACCUCGUCCAGGCCUCCCACCACCGAAACCACCGCCACCUAGUAGGCCUCCUGGUGGAGUACCUAAACCAGUGGCGCCCCCUGGUGGCCCAGCCAAAGCAGUCACUCCACCACCUACAAAUCAGGGUGCACCAGGCUCGCCGGGGAGAGCAAUGGGAAGAGAGGCUCCUAAAAUACGCCAGCCACUGAGACCACCACCAUCUGCGAAAGCUAAGAAAAGUGGACAGAGGAUUUCAUCGAUUGGUCUCCCUACAAAUGUCACUCACCAAGGCCAUGCCACCAGUAUGGCAGAUGCAGAGAAGCUCAUUGGUCGAUUGCUUGGAGCUCCUAGCAUGGAUGAGAACUUGCCCCCACCUCUGAUUCCUGAAGGCAAAACUAAACCAGUGGAUAAUUUACAAGCACCAAAACCAAUUCCACGGAGUAGAACUGCAAACGAUAUUGGAAGUGACAGCAAAAUCAAAGAUGACAGUGCUGCGACUGUUAGCGCACCAAAACCAAUGCCAAGGUUUAAAAGUAUGGAAAAUCUUGCAAGCCCCGACAGUAAGAAGGAUUCUGGAGCUGUUCAAAUGCGUAACGUUAAUUCUGGCCCACAACAACCUCCCAAACCAGCACCAAGACGAGAUAUCAAGAGUUGUGUCAUUGCACCACAGGAACAGUCUGAUUUGAACAGGGUGAGACCCGUCAGCGAGUUUGUACAUGGACAGCCUCCGGUUCCAGCCCCUAAAAGCAGUCAUGUUGUGUCUGGAAGUUCUGCUCAAGGACUGAAAAGUGUUCCCGACAAUUUUUCUCCAGAUCCUGUGGUAUUUAACCCACUCGAUGCUCCAGUUCCUGUGGACUCUGCUAAUGCUGAUGAUCCAUUUGAUACAAGUAAAUUCAAAGUUCCUCUUCUACAACAUGACCAGGCCUCAGUGCUGCCUGCACCACAUCAAGCACAGAAACCAAAUAAAGAGGCUGUAUCUUCGUCCAGUGAUCCCUUUGAUACCAGCAACCUGACGACAAAUCUACCCCCGGCUAUUCCUGCUCGGCCUCCCGUACAAACUUUUCCCAGACAAAACAACAUUACGGAUCCCUUUGACACUAGCGCAUCAUCCACUCACGUCAUGAAGCACUCAUUACCACCUGUUCCAGAUCGGCCUCAACAUGAUUCUGCUGCUGCUGCUGCUGCAUCAUCCACUUCCGUCUGCCCUGAUAUGAGCCCCCCUCCCACACCUCCAGAUGAAGCACCUGCUUAUGGCUGUCCCGAUAUCAGCCCUCCUCCAGCACCUCCAAGAGAAACUGCUCUGUCAUCCGCUUCUGUCUGCCCUUCUACGAGUCCUCCUCCCAUACCUACUGGUUGUCCUCUAGUGCCACCACCCCCUCCUCCGAGAAUAGACUCUAACCUUCCACCCCCACCAGUUCCAAGACGACCAGGUUCACCGUGUGAGCUACAGUCUACCAGUCAACCAGCACAGGUUCCAAGUAGAGUUGGUCAGCCUCCUCCUGUUCCACAAAGGGUGGACCUCAAGUAGGGAAUUAAUAUGUGAUAUCUGAUGGUGUUAAAAUAGAGACUUUAAAACGUACUGUCGGACCUGCUUCACACUAAGGUAGUGUCCAGGAAUGGCUACACAACACGGCUGCUUAAUGCUUGUCAUUUUAUACUACAAUGGAUGAUUUGGGAAGAUGAGGUAGCUUCUUAAAAUUAGUUGCAACUUUAGAAGUCAGUUUGUAUUGUAGUAGACAAUUUGGGAGAAUAUUAUGGUAGCUUCUUAAAAUAGGAGACAGCUUUACAAGUUGAUGUGUUUUAUAUUAGAUGAACUAGUGUUGGGAAUUCGGCAGAAUUUCAUCAACAAUCAUUGGUUAUACAGGCAAAAUAUUUCACAAGAACCAUUGUUCUGUUUUCGCGUGUCGGUUAUGCAACUUUAAAAUCACAAGAACGGUUACGUGGUGAACAAUUACAUGCUAAAAUUAAAAGUACCA